AUGCAUAAAAGUAUCAGCGAACCUUCCUUAGAAACUGAUGGAAUUUCUAUUUCAACAAAUGUGACUAGACGUGUAGGUCAUAUUAAUUUGAAUGAGUCUAAAAUACAGGCUGCAUUAUAUUAUAGAGGUAAUUUUAUGUGGAAAGGUCGCUUUGGAGCGGUUACUAGAUGUAUCCUUACAUUACCUUGGAAAUUUCCGUGGCAGAUUCUGGUAGUAAUGCUAAUUAUAUAUAAGUUUGUUCUUCAAUUGCUGCUUGUUUACUAUUUAAAUUCGUCAAGUUUAUUUUUGGACGCGACACUUAUUACAUCUGAAGUUGUGUUUACGAUUGACGUAGUUUUGCAUUUAUUACAUGCGUUCUGGCCUCUGGUCAGAUUCUAUAUAACAAUCUAUAACAGAAAUUAUUUUCUGUUAGGUUACGAUGUUAUAUCUCUAUUUCCGCUUUCAAUAAUUUUUAAAUAUAAGGAAGGAUACGAAAAUAUAUCGAUGCUUGGAAGUUGGUUGAAAAUAGGUCGAAUUUAUAGAAUGUAUACAUUAUUUACAAAUGUUAAGGAAACUAUGCGCAGUUCUCGUAAAAAUCUCUAUAUUUUAGAGCACUUGUUGACAGUAUUAUUAGUACUUCAUGCUAGUACUUGUUUGUGGUACACGCAACAUACAUAUUCACCUGAGACAAAAGAAUGGUAUAAGCUUGGCUAUCCCGAUCGUGUCAAUGUACAGAAACUUCGAUUUAAUAGCUAUGGACCUUGCUGGUAUUACUGCGCUUGUCGUUUAUUUAAUGUAAUAUUUGGCGAUACUUAUCCUUUGCAUGCUCCUCAGAAGAUAUUAACUUCAUUUCUGAUGCUAUUUGGUUUCCUUUUUCUACGUUACCGAUUUAUUGGAUAUUUAACAUGGGAGAUUGUCCUUAAAAAGAGACGUUGGUUUACAUUUGUAGACCGAUACCAUCAUAUGAUCAAUUACUUGAAAAUUCGGGGAGCGUCUUCUUCUCUAAUAGAUGAAACCGAUAAAUAUAAGAAAGUACUAUGGAAAAGGAAGGAUGGAAUACUAAAUUCACAUUAUCUUCGAGAGUUACCAACACCUUUGCAAAUGGAGCUGAUAUUUGAUAUUAAUGUAGGACAUUUCCAUGAAACUUUGCUUUUUAAAGAUUGCGAUGAAGCAUUCAUGCGACAAAUAUCUUUACUAAUGAAACAUGAAAUAUAUCUGAGUGGGCAACAAGUCUGGUGUCAAGGUGUAGUAAAAAAUGGAAUGAUUUGGAUUAAGACAGGUGUCUUAGAAUUGUUAUCGGAUGAGGACGAUGAAAGUCCUAUGAUAGCCUUUAAGGAGGGAACUGUCCUAGGGGAAAUUAGCUUAUUUUAUUCAAUUCCUGCGAAGGUAACUAUCAAAGCAGCCACUUACGUUGAAUUACAGGUAUUGCGUAGAACAGAUUUUAUUCGAGUAAUGUGUGGGAAUCCAACUAAACUUAAAGAGAUACGUCAGAAAAUUGAAUUUCGGCUUACAAGCUCAAAAGAUAGACAGGAAGCAAUAUUAAACUACGACAAAAAUGAUUCAAGACUGAUUCGGAAAAGAUAUAGACCAAUGAAAGUUUUCAAAGAGCAUUUAGCUGGAUUCGAAGAAGAAGAUUCGACCUUUGCGGAUGAUUCUCAUUUAUUCUAUAGAGAUCAAAAUAACGUUCGCCGUAGAAAAUUUACGACGGCGUUUUUAGAACUUUAUCAAAUGACUGAAAAUGUAACAACAAUGGACGAACCUAAUAUUUGUUUAAACUCAAAGUUUCCAUGGAUUCUUGAACCUAAUACUAAUUUUACGCAUAUGUUUGAUAUGGCACAUUUCAUCUUGGUAUUAUACAUAUGUAUUAUGACACCAUAUACAGCUAUACAAAAUACACAAAACAACUGGGAGAAAGCUAUGGACACGAUUGUUAUUACUGGAAUGUUAUUAAAUAUUUACAUCCAACUUACGACAGCUGUCACUGAAAAGAAUUCUAUAAAGAAAACUGUGAAAGAAAUAGCUGAGGUUAAAAUGGCUAAUGUGGGAUUCUACUUAGAUAUUUUAUCAAUUUUUCCUAUUCAUAUUUUUACGGACAUUAUGGAUCUUAAAGAUGAAUCAAUAUUGAGUCAACUAGUACUGGUGCUUCCCAUACUUCAGGUUUGGCACAUUUCGGAUUAUUUCACAAAAUGGGAGAGAAAUUUCAAUAAAAAUUUUAAGUUACUAUGUUUAUUGAAGUAUUGCCUGCACUUUACAAUUUUCUGUUACUGGUCGGGAUGUCUUCUUUACCUUCUUGCCUGUCCAAAUAAAUUGUGUUUAAAGAACUCAUGGAUGUCUAAUUUAAUAUAUUUGGAAACAAAAGUAUUGGUAACCAAUGGUGGGAAACAUGAGAAACCACUGCCAACCUCACUUUCUUUUGGUGCAUCAAUUUUUACUGGCAGCGGCACGUUUGAUUUGGCACCGGGAAUUAACGAUGUAAUUUUGGUUUUUUUUAUAUUUAGCGCUGGAUCAUACUUGAGUUUCUUUUGUGUGGCCAAAAUAUGUAGCAUAUACCUACUGCUGACACAAAGAAAAUUAAAAUUUAAGGAAUCGAUGAGAGAGCUGUUUUAUUUUUUGUCAGUUAAUCAUGUCAGUGGAAAAAUUAAGGCUCGAGUAAAGAAAUUUUUCUGCGUGCAAUGGUACUAUAACAAUGCAGUGUCAGCAGACGAAAUUUUUCAAGAUAUGUCUCCAAAUCUACAACAUGAAGUUUUGUCUAUUGAAAUGGUUGAGACUUUACUAUAUUGCCCUAUAUUCAAAGAAUCAAGUCAUGAUUUUCUGCAAACUGUGGCAGCAAAAGUUAAAACUUUAGUUUUGCCUGAUAAUGAGAUUGUACAACAUGCCGGUGAUAUUGGAAGAGAUAUGUAUAUCCUGCAAAAAGGUCAAUGUACUUUCAUUAAUUACAAAGGGACAAUAGUCAAAAAUGAAGGACCAGGUAGUUGCAUUGGCGUUUUUGCGAUGUUGUAUGGAUUACCAAAGGUACAUACAAUCAUAACGUCGACCAACUGCAUCUUAUUACAUCUCGACUAUCAAACGUUAGUUCAGUGCUGGGGUAUAUUUCCGGAUAUUAGCCAGACGAUUAUGACGGUCCUACAAGAUCCAGAUAUUUGCAAGCAAGCGACUAACUUUCAAGAUGCAAAGCCUCUAAUUGGUAAAGUUGAAGCGAAAACAAACAGAAUAGCGCAAGAAAUUAAAGAAAGCUUUAUUCUUAUAAACGAUCCCGAAGAAAAAACACAUUAUUUAAAAGCAUUUGAAAAGCUGGGAGUUUUUCGAUUCAUUCGAUACUUCUUUUUGCCAUUAUGUAUUACUCCACACGGAAUGUUUUUAAAGUUUUGGUCUACUGUGCGUUUAAUUCUGGCGGCUUAUUAUAUUUUAACAGUGCCUUAUAACAUUGCCACGAAACAACACAAACAUGGACAUACUUACAGCUGGCCGGACAUAUUCCUAUAUUUUGAUGUUAUUAUAAUGGCUUAUGUCGCAUACUACGAUGAUCGUUCCUUGCUCGUCACUCAUCCACUACUUACAGUAACACGAUAUAUAAAACAUGCAUUUGUACUGGACCUAAUCAGUAUAUUACCUCUCGAACAAUUGUCCCACAUAACUAAUGAAUACGGUAAUGCGGAUAUGUAUAGGGUGAAUCGCCUGCUUCUAGUAACAAGAAUAUUAGGAGCUUUUUCGUACUGGGAAAAUAACAUUAUGCAAAUUAGUCAAGCUGUUGUUUUAUUCAAAUUCUUGCCGAUCGCUAUAACGCUGGUUAAUUUCUCAACUGCUUUUAUUUUCAACUAUUCUUGUGAGCCGUAUAUGGACUGUAGCUAUAAUUACGUUUUAGUUAAUUGUUCCAGAACAUUUAUAGUAUCUGGCGAUAAAUAUGGAGUGAAAUAUGCUAUAACAGAAUACUUUUUUACCUUUUACUGGGUGUUUGAACUAUUUCUUGGCUGCGGAUGUACUAAAAUAUUACCAUCAAGCAAAGCCGAUGUUUGGUUGACAAUAAUGAUACAAAUAGCAGGCUUUCUUUACUUUGCAUUUAUGUUUGGAUACGUAGCAUCGACACGUUCAGCUGCUUCGCAUGCCUUACUAGAACACACCGAACAAACGAAAGAUUUAACUAACUUUCUAUAUCAGCAGGACGUAGAUCCUUUACUCAUUAUGAAAACUCUAAAAUAUUUUGAAUACGUUUGGAAAAGAACAAACGGUAGUAACCCGCAGGAAAUUUGUCGUGGUUUGAACUCUGCUUUGAUGGAAGACACUCUGGUUUUUAUGUACGAGAGAGCUUUGAGGGAAGUGCCGCUAUUCGGCAGAGUAGAAAGAUCAUUUAUCAGAGUCAUCACACAACACCUCCAUGAAAUGUACUUUCUUAAAGGAGACACCGUUGUUCAAUGCAAAGACAUUCAAACUGAUAUUUACAUUAUUUACAGAGGAAAGGUGGACGUACUCAGUACGUAUAACGAAAUGGUUACUUGUAUGGGACCUGGUGGAAUGUUCGGAAAUUUUACAGGACAACCCACUUCAAGUUCAGAAGUAGCCAUAUACGCCAGCAGAAGUUUAGAUUUGUUAGUAAUACCAAGUCAAACCUUUUUCAAUCUUGUCAAAUACUAUCCUAAGAUACAAGAACCACUUAAAAAAGCUUUCGAAGUAUCGAAUGAUUACAUUUUACCGAUUACAAUCGAUAUCGAUAGCGACGAUGAGUCGACAGACGAUUCCGACGUUGAUUUGCAAUCACAAGAUUCUGGCGUAGAUUCCAAAAGUGGUUCUAGUCGAUUAGAAAUACCUGUCGGACAGUUAUCGCUUCAUAGUUCGCAUUCUAGUAUAAGUCAAUCCAAAUCUGGAGCAAGUGUUACGAGUUAUCAGAGUUACAUGCACAUAUCGAAUUUACUUAGACCUGGAACACUGUUAUUUCAAGGCAUAGGAUAUCUUACAUGUCUUGUGGUUACGGCUAAUUAUGUAUUGAUACUAUACGAACUCAUAACUCUGAAUGACUGUAAAGUGAUAUUUUGGUUGCAGUCAUUUUUUGAUAUAUAUUCAUAUAUCAAGACUUACACGUAUAUACAUCAGGGAUAUUUAAAUAAACAUGGAGAACUGAUACUUAAUCUCUCCAAAUGUAGAAAGAGAUAUUUCAAGCACAAGCUGUGGGUUUGGACGGACAUAUUUGCUAACUUUCCACUGGAAUUGUUCGGUUUUUGUUUCGCGACACCGAUGAAAGCUAUGCACUACUUACGCGCUAUUAAGAUUCUUCGACUCAAACACAUUUACGACUUCUAUUGCAAGACAGCCGCUGAAUUAACUAAUAACCUCACAACUCUACAAGCGGUAACGACAACACUUUUGAUUGUUUUGUUCAUACACACAUUCACGUGUAUUUGGUUAACAACAGUAGUUGCUAAUUCGCCCAUUAAUUUUCUUCGAACUCUUAAAAUGCAUCUGAUCGACGAAGAUACAUCACAAGAUCGUUGGGACUAUACGACAUCAUUAUAUUUAAUCAUGUCGGAGUUGACUGCGACCGGCGGCGACGAAAUUCAUAUCAACGAAUUAUUCUCAUUAGCUAUAUUAGCGUUUUGUCUUAUUUGUGGAAAAAUGCUGGCAGCUAUCGUUGUCGCUACAUCUAUACAGAUCGCUUAUUCAACCAAAUAUGCUUUAAAUACCUACGAAACAAAAACAGAAGAACUCAUUGAUGUUUUGAGGAAUCAAGGCUUAUCAGAUUAUCAAUAUAAAAAGUUAUUGAAAUAUGUCCGACAGCUUUGGGUGAAUGAACGUGGUCGACAGUUGCCUGCUUUAUUGUCUAAAACCCCUUAUGUUUUGCGUUGUGAUCUUAUGAAUGCGAUGUUCGGUCAUCAUCUAAGAAACUGUUACUUGUUUGUUGACACUGGCGAGCCAUUUCUACGUCAACUUAGCGCUGCAUUAAGUUAUACAAUUUUCUUUCCAGGAAAUUACAUAGUAGUGGCGGGUGAUAGUGAAGCACGCAUGUAUUGGGUAGCAUCGGGCACAGUGUCUGUAGUGACAGUACGCCACGACUUAACAGAGACAACUUUCGAGUCGCUCGGCCCUGGAGAUGUGUUCGGCAUUCUACAGGGCUUGCAUCGAGGAAUAACCCAUAGUUUCUCCUAUAGAGCCGAGACUAAAGUGGGUAUUUUAACGUUAAGUUUAGAUUCAUGGAUUAAUAUGUUGCCGUUUUUUCCUGAUACACAGAAAAUAAUUAUGAAAAGAGCUGAAGUUUUGUUUGCUAAAAUUUGA